AUGUGGCUGGUGGUGCUGCUCACCAUCUGCUGCCUGGCAUCCAGCACCCAUGGGAAAAACCCUCCAGAUUUUUGUUCCCAGGAUCUGAACUCGGGUGUGAAGCCAGGAUUUCCUAAAACAGUGAAGACCAACAACCCAGAAGUGCUCAAGGCAGCCAGGCACAGUGUGGAAAAGUUCAACAACUGCACAAAUGACAUCUUCUUGUUCAAGGAGUCCCACAUCAGCAGAGCCUUGGUGCAGGUGGUAAAAGGCUUGAAAUACAUGCUGGAGGUGGAAAUCAGCAGAACUAUAUGCAGAAAGAACACCCACGCCUGUCUGGACCACUGUGACUUCCAGAGCAACCCCACCUUGAAGCAGACUCUGAGCUGCUACUCCGAGGUCUGGGUCAUCCCCUGGCUCCACAGUUUUGAGGUGCCUGUUCUCCGCUGCCACUGACCUCUGCCUCUCCAGUGAGACCACGACCGUGACAACCACCACGCACGCUCUCCCCGCCCUCUGCCCAGCCUGGCCCUCUCACUAGUGAGAGGCAGAUGGAAGUGCCAGCGCCUCCUGGCCAG